AGGGGGUUCUCGGCACUACCCGCAGCCGGACGACCACGCUGGUUGCCACUGCUAGGACUGUUAGGGAGCCUCUUGCGCCCACCUUCUAUACGAGAGACUGCCUGCUGAGUGACACUGCAACGAGCUCUAUGGUCUUGCCAGACGUAGUUAGAGCAGGCUCCACCCCACUUACCGGCGAUGGACACGCAGCCAGCGAAUGCGGUAAACUUCUUCUUGCCUCGCAGAAUAGCGGCGCAAUUGUUCGUACAAAAAGCCGUGUUAAGAGCGCCGCGGCUAUGUAUAACAAAGGCCUUAAGGUAGAACAGACAGCUAGUGAGAAUCUGCCGAGCAGUGAUAGUCGUACGUGCGAUCACAGGCGAGUAGUCGCGAGAGCCCGGACUGAAGAUAGUAUCGUACGGACUGUUGCCGCGAGGGCGACAGAAGUAGUUAAAAACACGGCGAAUGUUCUCCUACGCAAGUUAACACUAGCCGUAUAAGAAGUUAGAAAAGUAUUACGU